UCUUCCUCUCUCUUUCUCUUUUGCUCUUGCUCUCGAUCUCUCUCUCUCUCUCUCUCCCCACCCCUACACCAAAAAGACAGGGAUAGUUGUCUUAUUAUUAGUGACUUAAGUGAUGCUUUUGAACAAGAAGAUGCUGGGUACUUUUGGUGACUAGUACCAUCCCACUUUUUUUCUUCUAAAUUCCCAAGCUAUUGUUUACUAGAACACUCUUUUAUUCUUGUUUCUACUAAAACUGAAUGCUACUUGGGUGGAAAGCCUAAUUGCUUUCUUUUCUAGGUCCUGAAACCCUUUGCUAAUGUUUCUGUCUGAGAGUUCCCGAAGUCAGGGUUCUAGGAGAGUUUGGCAUGUCUGAACAGCUGAACCCUGAAAUAAUGGAGUAGGUCAGGUGGGGGGUGGGAGCAGGGCAUCCUGUCAAUGAAAGAGCUCCCUUCUCCGCACACAUGGCUGGUUAAUUGGUCAUUCUGGGAAAGGAUGGAUGGGGAGGGGGGCUUCUGAGAAUCGCCGGUGACAGUUAAGUGGCCUUUUGUUGAUGUCCUCUGCUGAACAACUUUGUUGGAUUUUAGUCUCUGCUUUUCCUUGGCCUCCUGUGGAUUUUCUGUUAGAUUCAUUUACCAUUCAGGCAUCAUCUUUCACUCUCCCCUUCCAAUAUGACUGCUUUGUGUGCUGGCCUCGGCUUUAUUCCCGCUCUUCCCGGACCAUAAAGGGGGCUGUGUGGGGCUUCGGCAGGACCGAGAAAUUGACUCUGCCGUCUGUCGAGAACCAUAAUGAUUGCAGUGACCUUGGUGUCUAGCAGAAAAUGCACUACCUGUGCCGGCCUAGCAGCGACCGGCUGAAGACAGAGGAAAGGGAGUCUUUCCCGAAUUCCUUCUCAUGCUAUGUACCUAUUUGCUUGGUUCCCCUCUCCGUUCCCUUCUGUCCCCCUCCUCCCCACUGCCAUUGGAGCCCUGACCUAAGUAAGGUUCAGCUGUGACUAAGCGUUAAUGCUCGGAAAUAAUGAUACAUUCUAUUUUGCAGGCCUGGCCAAGCCAGUUCACCCAAGCUGUCUCAUCUAAUACCCCCCCAGACCCCUGUGAGGCCGGGCCUGCCGGCCUUUAGGUGCUGCAUUGCCUUGAGGCCUGGGCCAUGCCUGCGCACGAGGAAGGCCCCUGAAGCUCGCCUGAGGGAAGAAGCAUGCAGGGCGCCCCUGGAGGAGGCCCGGGCCCUGGCCCAUCCCCUGUGGACAGGUGGAUGCUCGUGGUCUUCAGCUUUAUUAUGGCAACGGCUUUGGGCCAAAUGAAUUUCACAGGAGACCAGGUUCUUCGAGUCCUGGCUAAAAAUGAGAAGCAGCUUUCAGUUCUCAGGGAUCUGGAUGGCCUGAAGCCCCAGAAGGUGGACUUCUGGCGUAGCCCAGCCAAGCCCAGCCUCCCUGUGGAUAUGAGAGUUCCUUUCUCAGAACUGAAAGACAUCAAAGCUUACCUGGAGUCUCAUGGCCUUGCCUACAGCAUCAUGAUAAAGGACAUCCAGGUGCUGCUGGAUAAGGAGAGAGAAGCCAUGGCCAAGUCCCGCCGGUUGGAGCGUAGCACGAGCAGCUUCAGCUACUCCUCCUACCACACCCUGGAGGAGAUCUAUAACUGGAUGGACAACUUUGUAACCGAGUAUUCAGAUAUUGUCUCAAAAAUUCAGAUUGGCCACAGUUUUGAAAAUCGGUCCAUUCUUGUCCUGAAGUUCAGCACUGGAGGUUCUCAGCGCCGGGCCAUCUGGAUCGACACUGGAAUCCACUCCCGGGAGUGGAUCACGCAUGCCACUGGCAUCUGGAUGGCCAAGAAGAUUGUCAGUGACUAUGGCAAAGACCGCACCCUGACAAACAUACUGAACGCCAUGGACAUCUUCAUGGAGAUUGUCACCAACCCUGAUGGGUUUGCCUUUACCCACAGCAUGAACCGCCUGUGGCGGAAGAACAAGUCCACCAGACCUGGAAUGUUCUGCAUUGGUGUGGAUCUUAACAGGAACUGGAAGUCGGGCUUUGGAGGAAAUGGUUCUAAUAACAACCCCUGCUCUGAGACUUACCGUGGGCCCUCCCCUCAGUCGGAGCCAGAGGUGGCAGCCAUAGUGAACUUCAUCACCACCCACGGGAACGUCAAGGCUCUGAUCUCCAUUCACAGCUACUCUCAGAUGCUCAUGUACCCUUAUGGCCACUCUUUGGAACCCGUUCCAAACCAGGAGGAGUUGUACCAGCUCGCCAAGGACGCGGUGAAGGCCCUGUAUGAGGUCCAUGGGAUCGAGUACAUUUUUGGCAGCAUCAGCGCCACGCUCUAUGUGGCCAGCGGGAUCACUGUGGACUGGGCCUACGACAGUGGCAUCAAGUACGCCUUCACCUUCGAGCUCCGGGACACGGGGCGCUACGGCUUCCUGCUGCCGGCCUCCCAGAUCGUCCCCACGGCCCAGGAGACGUGGCUGGCGCUCCGGACCAUCAUGGAGCACGCCCUGCAGCACCCCUACUAGCAACAGCGCUGAGGGCAGAGCAGGAGCACGCACUCCCUUCCCCAAGGCUGGGGCUCCUCCUGAACCCCAAGUGAUCGAUCCAUGGUCCUCCCCACACCCUUACCCUGACCCCUUAGGCAAUAAAUAACAGGUUUGAACAGGCUGGGUGGCCUCUGGCGCUGGCCACCACCCACUU